CUCCUCGGCCUCCCAAAGUGCUGGGAUUACAGGCGCGAGCCACCACGCCCACCCCAAAAUACAUUUAUCUUUUAAAGGGAGCUUUAUGUCACUAACAUACAUGGAAAAUGGUGUCCCUCCUCUAAGUAGAAUGUGGCUCUGGAAGGAAAUGUACUGCAAAUGUUAAAACCAUAGGCCAGAAUUCUAGCUAGAGACUCACACCUGGUAGAGGCUUUGCUUCCCAGGCCUGCAGUUGUUGGUUAGAAAGAGGGAUAGGGAAGCGCUAGGCAGGAGCUGAAAACACCAUGGCACCAAGAGGAGAGUCUGUCCUUGAAUAUGCAGAACGAGAGAGGAAAGUUAAAAACAAAGUCACUCACCCCACCAUGGCGUUCUCCACCGGUGGGAGCUGCCUCUGUGAGGCAGGCAGGAUGGGGGCAUUGCUCCCACUUUACAGAUGAGGAAAACUGAGAUUCAGAGGAACAGCCAGCAGAGCUACGUUUCUCGGGGGUCUCCUCCUUCCCCACCUCCUGGGAGCAGGCAAAAGGCCACCUCAGUCCUCCACAGACCGGAUCCCAAAGCCCACCGCAGCACUGGCGCUAUGGUGGGACCCCCUUCCCUAAACAGGUUGAGAUGUAGCUGUGUGCCCAAGGCGCAGGCCCCUGAGGGCCUCCUGCCUCUGGAAAUAGGCCCCAGGCUGCACGAGGGUGAUAAGCGAGGCUAUUUUCAUUACUUCCUUCCGCCUGCUUCCGCAGCAGCCACCUCAGCUGCAUCCCAUCGAGUUGCUACGCAGGCCUCAGCCAGGACUUUUCAGGCCAGACAGGAGCGCCCACUCAAGGCCUCGCAGCCAGCCUGCCCCAUGCCCGCCUGGGGAGCCCUGUUCCUGCUCUGGGCCACGGCAGAGGCCACCAAAGACUGCCCCAUCCUGUGCUCCUGCCGCGCCCUGGAAACCAUGGGGCUGUGGGUGGACUGCAGGGACCGUGGGCUCACAGCCCUGCCUGCCCUGCCGGCCCACACCCGCCACCUCCUGCUGGCCAACAAUAGCCUUCAGUCUGUGCCCGCGGGAGCCUUCGACCACCUGCCCCAGCUGCAGACCCUCAACGUGACGCAGAACCCGUGGCACUGUGACUGCAGCCUCACCUACCUGCGCCUCUGGCUGGAGGACCGCACACCCGAGGCCCUGCUGCAGGUCCGCUGUGCCAGCCCCAGCUUUGCUGCCCACAGCCCGCUGGGCCGGCUGACAGGCUACCAGCUAGGCAGCUGUGGCUGGCAGCUGCAGGCAUCCUGGGUGCACCUGGGGGUCUUGUGGGACGUGGCGCUGAUUGCUGUGGCUGUGCUGGGCCUGGCUCUCCUGGCUGGCCUGCUGUGUGCCACCACAGAGGCCCUGGACUGAGCCGGGCCCCCAGAGCCCCUGGCCCCAGGCCAGGGGGCCAAUCCCUGAGGCAGAUCCCCAGACUCCAACAAACCUGGUCACCCCAAACUGCCAGAAGCCCAAAAUAAACUGGCAGCUCGGCCAUUUUAUAUAAGUUCAGAGAUUUUUUCCUUUUUUCCCCUCUCAGCAAUUGAGUCUGGCUCCUUCUGAAAACCUGGCUUCAUUUUGUUAUAACCAGACGUCAGUUGGGGCUUCCUUGUCUCUUGAGUUCCUAAUAAAAUGGACUGCCCACCUCCCCCACCCAGCCACUUUU